UACUGGUCAUCAAACUAGACUCCCACACUCACCGAACCCCAUUUGAUUUGACUCCCUCCGUGUCUCUCUUUUUACCCCUGUGUGAAUACUUUUUACCCAAGGUGUUCUUCACGCGCCUCCAUGGAGGCCUCGUCUUCUCAGCCGCCGUCCGAUACGAAUCCAACGGCCUCCAGCCCUUCCAAGCUCCUCCAGAACCUCCCCUCCCGCGGCCUCUUCUCCUCCACCGUUCUCUCCUCCAAUCCGGGCGGAGUGCGAGUUUAUGUAUGUACCCAUGACACCUCACCCCCAGAUGGUCAACUGAUACAGACAAACCAACAGAACAUAUUGAUUAGAUCACUUACACUUAAAAAACAGAAGGGAGAUUCCAGUUCAAAGGAUGCAAAAAGCGCCGGUGCAGCUGAAAGUUCUAAAAAGAGGCCUGCUGAAAGAGUUUUGGAUAGCAAGGCUUCAGCUAAGAAAGCCACUAGUCAAACUAGUUCUCGACAAGAGGGAUCAAGCAGUCAAGCAUCAUCUAGUAGGGACUUCCAAGGGUUAACUGUAGAGAGGCUCCGUGCCCUUCUGAAGGCUAAAGGUCUUUAUACAAAGGGGAAAAAGGAUGAAUUGAUUGCACGGCUGAGAAGUUCAAGUGGUUAAGCACAGGUCAGACUGCGGGGCAGCUCCUCUGUUAUCUGUAUGUGUACUCUUCUAGGGGAAGGAGAGUAGUUUCAUCCAUUUUGAUGUAAGUUAGGAAUGAUGUGAGAUGGAAUUAUCGAUAUUUUGAAUGACGACGACAAGUUCUACAGACUCUGAACCGCAUUUUGUAUCGUCUUGUUUGAUAAAUUCUAUUUCGCUCUUUUAGCAUUGCAUUUUUCUA